GAGCAGGAUAUAGUUACCGUUAGAAGCACACAGCACACACACAAAGGCACGGAGAGAGAAGCAGAACACGAUGCCGAAGAACACCGAUGCAACGAAAUCGAGAAUGAGGUCGAAAUCGACGAGGAAGCCACUCCGGGACGUUUCGAAUGCCAAAACUGCAUUCAAGUCUGCCAAUAUUUGCAAGAAAACCGAAGAAAACGGGGGAAAGACGGGAGACGAUUCACUCGAUCGCCUCCUCCUCGCGCACUCCGAUCUCUCCUCCCUCUUACGGCAGAUUGAUGAACUUGUUGUCCAAGCAAUCCAGUUGACGAGCAAUAAAGGGAGGAAGGAAAUUAAACAAUUUGCAGAUGUCUUGUCUGAUAUGCAAACUUCCUUGAAGCCAUGGGUUCCCAGAUUUCAAAAGGCACUUUCCAGUCAAUGUACGGGGCCUGAGAAUAAGCCACAAUUAAUGGAAAGCACUGUAGUUUAUGCAUCUGAAGAAAGUAUAAGUGAUGUCACUGAAAGCCCCAAACAAACCAAGUGGGAGUCACUCGUCUCUCCAUCACCCCUGGUCUCCUGGCGCGCUGAAUGCAAUACAGAAGGUGGUAGGCAAUUGUUUCUACUCACACCACUGCCUCAAACAAAGGCAUUUUCGUCCAAAUGUCAGGCAUCAUCCAUCCCUGCAUUUGACAAGGUUAAAUCUGAUGGUAUCCCCCAUCCAGUAUCUUUUUUCGAUUCACUUGGAAACUUAGGUAAUGAUCUGCCGGAAAGCAUAUCAGCAAAGCCAACUCGAAAAAAGGUUUUGGAUAUAGAGGCGAACAAAGCUGUCGGCAAUCUCGAUACCAAGUGUGCUUCUCCAGGAAACUAUUCGAAAAUAAAUUGCGAUAUGUUUAUCACGACUCCAUGCUUGAAAAUGUCACCACCUAAGUCUUGCAUAUUGCUUGAGCCAGUUUCUGAGUUCUCCAGGAAGAAAAAUCAGGGGGUUCAUAAAUCCACACCUUAUCCUACUGGAGUUCACAAUCCCAGCGAGUCCCUAGAUUCUGAAUCUUCCAGCAAUCAAACUUCAGAUGAUCUAAAGGUGAAGUAUCCGGAGCUUUUUGGAAUAAAACUAAACAAUUUAGUAAACAGAAAGGUACCAGAAGAUUCACCAAAUUGGAUUGUUUCACCUCCAAAGACCUGUGUUAUAAUGGAGCCGUCUGAUGAGAAAUUGCUGACUAAUCUUGAUGGUAAUAUCUUGCUACCGGAAACCAUGACAGUCCAUAGCCAGCCAAACGAUUUGUCCACAGUGAACAAAAGCCAUUAUCAAGGCAACUCUGGCAUAGCUGUGAAAACUCACCAGCAAGAUAUUAGCAGUGCACUUGUUCUAGAUGAAAGCACUCCUAUGAUUAAAGAGCCUAUUAGCAGUUUCCGAAUAGGAAAACCUCCAGGGGAGAACACCUUAAAGAAGGAACUGUGGACAAAAUUUGAAGCAGCAACCACUCACAGCAUUCGUUUCAAUGGCUCUGUUCUUCAAAAGACUGCUGAGAAAGGAUUUCUUGACCGGUUAGACGAGGCUUCUGAUGAUUCAGUGUCAUUAGUAAAAUUUUGAGCUCUGCCUGCACAAAGCAAGAAUAAAUUCUGCAGUUUUGACAAGUUAAAAGGGUUAAUCAUAUGUGCGUCAACUUGCCAAACUUCACCUUAGUGAUAUUGUUUGGAGGACUUUGGAGAUAAUGCAUAUGUUGUAACCAUAUGGCUGUAAGAUAUCAUAUGAUACCUAUGACAAGAACUUAUAAGUGUCCUCCAUCUCCACGUUACUUUUUAGCACAGAUAAUUUCUACAUCAUCGUAUCUUAUUAAUAAUAUUAGGAAGGUAGAAGUUU